CCAAGCGGCGCCGGUUCUCUCCCUGUCCAUCGUCUUCCUCCCCGCCUCGCAACGCAAACCCUAGCCUGCUCGCUACCACCUCCUUGCCCGACGGCCAUGUCGAAGCGCCCGAGGCUCGAGGGCUUCAGCAUCCCGCGCCCCACCUCCUACAGCUUCGAGCGCUCCCAGCCCGCCCCGCGGCUCUACGUCCCCGCCGAUGACGACCUCGACGACAUCGCCUUCUCGGACGACGCCGCCGCGCCCUCAGACGCCGCGGGGGGCGGGAAGGCGGAGGACGACGAGAUCGACCCGCUCGACGCGUUCAUGGCGGAGAUCCAGGAGGAGAUCCGCGCGCCGCCCCCGCCGCCCAAGCCCGAGGCGCUCCGCCGCGCGGACUCCGACGAGGACGACGACCCCAUGGAGAGCUACCUGCGCGCCAAGAAGGACGCCGGGCUCACGCUUGCCGCCGACGUCAUGAACGCCGGCUACAACUCCGACGAGGAGGUGUACGCUGCCGCCAAGGCCGUGGACGCCGGCAUGAUGGAGUACGACUCGGACGACAACCCCAUAGUAGUAGCGGACAAGAGGAAGAUAGAGCCCAUACCACCGCUAGACCAUUCGACCAUCGAGUAUGAGGCUUUCAACAAGGAUUUCUAUGAGGAGAAGCCGUCAGUUUCAGGGAUGAGUCCGGAAGAGGUGGCUGAUUAUAUGAAAAGUUUGUCAAUUCGGGUUUCAGGCUUUGAUGUGCCAAGGCCAGUUAGAAAUUUUGAGGAUUGUGGGUUUCCUGUGCAACUGAUGAAUGCUAUUGCGAAGCAAGCCUAUGAAAAGCCGACCACAAUUCAGUGCCAGGCUUUACCUAUUGUACUAUCAGGGAGAGAUAUCAUUGGUAUUGCAAAAACUGGUUCAGGGAAAACUGCAGCAUUUGUUCUCCCUAUGAUUGUUCAUAUUAUGGAUCAGCCUGAGCUUCAGAAGGAAGAAGGUCCAAUAGGCGUCAUAUGUGCUCCAACAAGAGAAUUGGCGCAUCAAAUAUACCUUGAAGCUAAGAAGUUUGCAAAGCCUUACAACCUUCAAGUAGCUGCUGUUUAUGGUGGUGUUUCUAAAUUUGAUCAGUUUAAAGAACUGAAAGCAGGCUGUGAAAUAGUCGUUGCUACCCCAGGGAGACUGAUAGACUUGCUUAAGAUGAAGGCAUUGAAGAUGUUUAGGGCAACUUAUCUGGUUCUUGAUGAAGCUGAUCGCAUGUUUGAUCUUGGAUUUGAGCCACAGAUCCGAUCCAUUGUUGGUCAAAUUAGACCAGACAGACAAACCUUGCUUUUCUCUGCAACCAUGCCAUACAAAGUGGAGCGUUUGGCUAGAGAAAUUUUGAGUGACCCUAUUCGAGUCACAGUUGGUCAAGUUGGCAGUGCUAAUGAAGAUAUUAAACAACUUGUUAAUGUACUCCCUUCAGAUGUUGAGAAGAUGCCGUGGCUUCUCGAGAAAAUGCCUGGGAUGAUUGAUGAUGGAGAUGUUCUUGUAUUUGCAGCUAAAAAGGCUAGAGUCGAUGAGGUUGAGAACCAGUUGAAUCAGCGAGGAUUCAAAGUUGCAGCACUUCACGGUGACAAGGAUCAAGCGUCUCGGAUGGAGACACUGCAGAAGUUCAAGUCUGGGAUUUACCAUGUUCUUGUUGCAACUGAUGUUGCUGCACGUGGUCUGGACAUAAAGUCAAUCAAAACAGUUGUCAACUUUGAUAUUGCAAAGGAAAUGGAUAUGCAUAUUCACCGCAUUGGAAGAACUGGCCGCGCAGGUGAUAAAGAUGGUAUCGCAUAUACUCUGAUCACACAGAAAGAAACACGAUUUGCAGGCGAACUGGUUCAUAGUUUAAUUGCUGCUGGUCAAGAUGUGCCCAAUGAACUUAUGGAUCUGGCAAUGAAGGACGGGAGGUUCAGAUCAAACCGCGACUCCAGAAAAGGUGGAAAGAAAGGUGGCAAAGGAAAAGGUGGUGGAGGCGGCGGUGGAAGCGGAAGCGGUGGAGGCGGCGGUGCACGUGGGCGCGGGCGUGGCAUACGUGGAGUUGAUUUUGGCCUUGGCAUUGGCUACGGUGAUUCCGGGCCACAAGUACCUGCCCCAAGAUCUGCCACUGUAAAUACGUUGAAGACAGGAAUGAUGCAAAAUUUCAAGAGUAGCUUUGUCUCGGCGUCUUCGAGUGCGCCAAGCAACAGCGCACCUUCGAGGGGUGCAGCUCCCUUUGUAAAGCCGGCACUUCGUGGUUUUGUUUCUGGUGGCACCAUCGGAGGAGGACCCCCGGCGCCCUCAUUUGUCCCCGCAGCUAGACCCGCAGGAAACAAUAACGAAAAUGGGAACUCAAACCCCGAGCGCUCGAAGGAGCAACGAAGGGAGAGAAAGCGGCCGUCAGGAUGGGAUCACUAAUAGACCUUUGAACUCCCAGUGUAUCUCCAGUUUUGUUUUAUUACCUUCGCAAAACAUAUUGUUGUAAAUUGUAGAUUACAUGAUGUGAAUGAUAAAAUUGUUGUUCCUACUCCA